GUGCGUGUGGGUGUGACUGUGUGUGUGUGGGUCCGCGUGUUGUGCUUGCUACACAGACAGUCAUACUUCUUUUUGUGGAGUUGUGUACAGCGGAUAUGACGACACACUCAGACGGAGGGAGAGAGGGCCGCGGGCAAACGUGAGCAGUGUGCUGUUGUAGAGUGAUGUUGGCAGACGCCAGGAAUCGAACCUUCUCCGUUUCGUCGUCGUCGUCGGAGCGGUGAACAGCUCCACGCGCGACAGGGGAGCGGCAGCUUGUCGACGCACGCUGUUUAAUUGUCAACGUAAUGGAGUCACCGGGGACACAACUUUGAGAGAGAGGAGAGAGGCUUGAGGCUUAAGAAGGCUUUACUUAGCUGCUGGUGGCCAUAGCUGUAUUGAAGAAGACGUCAAGGCGUCGAGGGAACGGCAUCUUCAAUCACGAUCUUAUUCUUGUGGCACCAGACCUUUUGCGGGUUGUGGGGACGAGGGAGGUUAGGCUGGCUGGGUUAAAAUGGCUGGAGGAGGGGGAGUGACUGGUGAGAAGGUUCCUUGAACCUGCUUGUUCGGAAGGUAAUGAGCCGACGAGGAGGACUCGAAGAAAGGCGAGACAGAAAGGCCAUGGACGCGGAGGACGAGUCGGGGAUGCUCGUCGACGAAAGCAGUUUGCAAACAGUAGAGAGAAGGGGAAGGCGGAACCAAGGUCACCGCUAAGCGGCUGAAGGGUGCACGGCGAAGAUAUCCAGUUUUUUGGGGGGGCGGAAGGGGGAAGACCCCCUCAACGGUGGGAGAUCGGAUCGUGGUUAGGUUGUGAGUGAUGAAGUGAUUCGGAAUCGGUCACGUGGCGAAGUGGCAGUGGGGAGUGUAGGAGGAGGGAAGGGACGGUGUGAGUGGCGGCCGCAAAAGGAGGGUGUGAGGUGGAUUGACGUCUUCUAAGCUUUAGGAGCGAGUGGACUAGAGUAGAGGAGGAGACAGAGGGCGCACUGGACGGAUGGGAAUAGUCGCGGUGGUAAGACUGUGUUUGAAGAGGGGAAGGAUGACGGCGUUAGCUUGGAAGAAGUAGGGGACUAGUUUUGAAGAACAAGGGAAAUAACACAGCAGCAGGGGAGAGAAGAGAAGAGAGAGGAGGACGGGAACAAGCAUCCGGUCGUGUUCGACGGGCUCGGCUUUUUCUCUUCCCAGCUGGAAUGCUUGCUCGCUCUAUUUGUAAGUUUAUCACGCCGCGCUGCUUGACGGGUAAGUCGUGAGGGUAUUCAAUCAAGGAAUCCAUCCAUCCCUACGCAACUAAUCAGGGGUCGGUCGAACCAUAGACGACCACCGACUGCUUGUUGCGUUCUGCUUUAACCAGUGCUUUUUCCCCUCCAAAAGUGUUAGUGCUUUUUUUCUGAAUUAGUGUUUUUUUUUUUUUUUUAGUCUCUUUCUCUCCGUAUUGCGACUGUGUAUUGCAAGACCGACGAAAGUGCUCAACAUUCGACAAGGAGAGGGUAGGGUUAUAAGGGAUUCCGUUAACGGCUGCCGUGGCGUCGAGGACCGGCUCAUCAGGCGAUGUCGGUCCUGUAGCGUGACACGGGAUUUCGAGUUGGUGCAAAUAAGCUGGAGUGCGCGCCCUUUCUUCCUGGUGGCGGCGGCGGCCGUGCGGCCGUGCGGCCGCUGUGAACUGGAGCGCGGGCGUCGCGCGGAGGCGGCGGAGGGGGCAGUUGCCAGCGGAGCGCGCUAUUGUUGACUAGUUUGUCUAGUUCUAGGAUACAAAAGGUAAAGUAGUAGUUUGUCAGCGAUGGGUUGCUGCUGUCCGACAAUGCGGCUGGGGCCGUCGAAGGGCGGCUCCAUGAAGUAUCCUAUGAAGCCGCCGGAUUCCGACCAAGAUAUUUCGAAGCCGGAAAUUCCAGAGCCGACGGCUGGAAGUGUUCAGGUGAAGAAGUACUCGGCGGAGGAGAUAAAGAGAGCUACUAAUAAUUUCGACGCUUCCACGAGGAUUGGAGGGGGCGGAUUUGGCACGGUGUACAAGGCCACCCUUAGAACUUCAGUGAACACUCAGCAGACCGUGGCCAUCAAGAAGCUGGGUGUGAAUUCGCGGCAGGGAAUCAAUGAGCUUGUCAAGGAGAUCGAGAUUCUUCCCCGUCUUCAUCAUCGGCACCUUGUCACUUUGGUAGGGUAUUGCGAUGACCCCGGGUGUCUCGCCUUGGUUUACGAGUACGUCUCGAAUGGGACUCUGAACGAUCAUCUGUACGGCUCCAAGGCUACGCCAUCGGGAUUGCCGUGGCUCACCCGGAUCUCGAUAGCUCUCGACGUGGCACGCGCUCUCAGUUACCUUCAUAUCCACGUGACCCCGGGCGUCAUUCAUCGCGAUAUCAAGCCGUCCAACAUCUUGAUUGAUCAGAAGAUGCAUGCGAAGCUGGCGGACUUUGGGUUGUCGAAACUUCUCCCCGAUGACGAGGAGUACACUCACUUGACGACGAACAUCAAGGGAACGCAAGGUUACCUGGACCCGGAGUACUUCCAAACUCGUCGGCUGACGGAAAGGACGGAUGUGUACAGCUUCGGUGUGGUAGUGCUGGAACUGAUCACGGGAAGAAAGCCGUUGGAGAUAAUCACGGGAAGGCGGCGAUUCGACCUUGUGAAGUGGGCGAGGGCGGAGAUGAAGAAGGGGAACAUACGCAGUGUGCUCGAUCAUAGGAUCGCUGAAGGCGCGUAUUCGGUGGACGCUCUGUGGAAGUUAGCCGACUGCGCCAUGAUGUGUUGCGAGCCUCAUUCGUUAAAUCGGCCGAACAUCGGUGACGUGGUAAGGUAUAUCGAGGAGACCGAGACCCUGCAGAGAGAAGGGUCAAGAAGCGGUUCAGCUCUUCGGGAGAGGAUAGGUUCUGGCGCUCAAUACGCAGGACCAUCAGGACGGGGAGCGGGAGGAGGCGGGCAUGCAAACCACAUGCCACACCCAGGAAGAGUAGGAGUGUACCCUCCGUCUCGCCCGCUCUAUGAUCAACCUCCUCCUCAAGCAGGAGGAGCGGAGGUGGGGUAUCAAUACAAUCUUAUGCAUCCUGGAGGAGGACGACCGCCAUAUCCAGCUUCUACGUCUCGUUAUCCCAAUGCGGCUGCAGUAGGAACGCCGGUCCGCUCUCCGUCCCAAGCGGUUGCUUACCCACCGUACGAUACUCGUCCUGCUAACCCCGCUGGUAUCCCGCGAUAGUAGUCCGGUGCAGCCCUUGGCGCUGCCGUGGCUUGCUGUAGCACUGCUGCUGUGGGGAUGGUUCGCCAGUUGGGGCUGUGUAAUAGAGGAGGAUGUACCCAAGUACAUAGUAGUACGUAGAAUGUUUUUUUAGUUGGCCAUUCUAUGGGGACCUGUUUGUAGACCAUCUUUCUCUCUCGCUGUCGUUUCUACCCCUCAGGUCCCGACGCAUGCGUCGCCGAUGUGGUUCAGGGGCACCAUCCAAUCGGGGGGGGGGACAUGAUGUUGGUGUAGCUUGUGACCUGGCUGGGAUUUCAACCAGGGAAAGCCUUUAAGAAGCCCCACGAGGUGGAGGCCAGUGACGAGUGUACCUUUUGCUGCGUGGGCAUGCCACAGUGGGAAGAGGAGGACGGAAAAGACACCUGAAAGUACUGCUGCGUUCCGGCGCUUGGCGGCGGCGAAAGGGAGAAGGGGCUGCUGGCAACUAGUACGGUGAAGGAAAGCUAGGUAUCUAGAAGGUACUACUUGGAUUACCGUACUUUAUUUUAUUUUUUGUGUCAGGCUCGCGCUUGUGGUCACUCUUGUCGGGUUGUCGGUGCAUUCGUGUGCAUUCGUUUAUUGUGCCAUUGCCUGCUCUUGUUUGCUAGAGAGAGAGAGAGAGAGAGAUGCUAAACGUAGACAAGGAGGCUGUGCAGAAACUGCUUGUUGUACAGGAUAUAGUAGUAGCCUGUAGGUGGAUAGGUGAGUUGUUUGCGUUGUGAGUGACUAGGUGUCGUGAUGAGAUAUUCUAUUGGGAUUGGUUGCCAUUGGUGACGACGAAGGGGUUGGCUCGUCGAUGCUGUCAUCGAUCCUGAAUCAAUAAUUUAUCGGCGAUGGACCUAUUUUGUCUCUGUUCUUUCUGAAUUUUUCUGGACUCUGUGCAAUUAUUAGGACUUCGUUUCAGUCACGGCAUGUUCCUCAGUCGUGGAACAGAACAAGAAGGAAGGAAGGAUGGUUAAGGGAGCGAGGUUUACGGGGAGUAGAAGUACGACGUUGAGAUAGAAGCUAAGUAGUAGGAGGAGGGUAAGUCGAGGAGGAGGAGGACGAGAUGGAUGAAAAUGAGAGAGAGGAGGAAAAGAAGGGGAGGGGAGGGAAGAAGGCGACUCUGUGAUAGCGAUCUUGUUGAAGAUCGUUCGUGGCGUACGGGACAUCGUCCAUGAUUUUCUAAAACUGUGUCGUGUAAUCCAAUAACGGUGGAGUGGGCACUUAACCGUGGUUGAGGGUUUGAUUGAUUGGGGCUAUGGAAAGUACAACAGAGGAUCCAUUUUGUGAAAGGAUUUGAUUGGUUGGGGCUACGGAAGGGAUAGAAGAGAGGAGGAUUUCUGAGUGACUGAUAAGUUCCUCCCUUCUUUGUUCUUCGUGCAAGUUUGGCCAUGGUCCAGGGAUGGAUUCGUUGAUUGAUUGAUUGAUUGAUUGAUUUGAUUGAUUGAUUGAUUGAUUGAUUGAUUUGAAUGAUUGAUUGAUUGAUUGAUUGAUUGAUUGAUUGAUUGAUGGGUGUUGAGAAAAGGACAGAGGAGGAGCAUUCACCAAUUGGACGGAUCGGAUUCGGGGGGCUAAGAUAGCAAGAUUUGUGAGUGAAGUGAUUAACUCGUCGCUUCUUUGUUCUUCUGUGCUUAUUGUUUUUUGUUCUUUGUCAUGGCAAGCGAGGAAAGGUGCGGGACCGUGGUAGAAAACUCUGCUAAAAAAUACAUAAGGAGCUUUUGUAUUGCCCGGGAACUUUCCAAAGGAAAAAAAGGCUCAGGAACUGACAGGAACUGAAUUAUUGCUGUAUUAAUAUUGGCGACAUUUACUGCCUCUUCUUAUUUUACGGCGUCUAUUGCGCUUCGCGGUUUCACGUAAUUUACUGUUUUGCUCGGGAAUAG